UCUUACGCGAGGCUAGUCCUUGUUUUUGUUCUUCAUUUUACUUGCUCCAUCUCUCAAGCCUUCAUUUGCAUACGCCAGCCUGGUUGCUCGCUAUCCAACCCUGAAGCCUUUCAAAACUCUGAAAAAAAGGGAGCAAUAAGAAUCUGUGAUAUCUUUUAUAUCACGUUUCCGAGUUCUCAAGCAUUCUUUUCCAUCUUGACGACAACAUACACCACUCCAGCACUCGAGCCUUCUUCGUCUGGUACGAUUUAGACUCUGCUAUCAUCUAUACCCUCUUUUCAAAAUGUUCUCCAAGCUUUUCACCAUCACUGCGCUGGCUACGGCCGCCAGUGCCCACAUGAAGAUGUCCAACCCAGUACCCUACGGCAAGUCAACUCUGGACAACGCUCCUCUUGAUCUCAGCGGCUCCGAUUUCCCCUGCAAGAUUGGAAGCACUGGCUCCUACAACCUCGAGGGUGCCAGCAACGUCUAUGCCCAGGGCAGUACCCAGCAGCUCGCCUUCAUUGGAAGCGCUGUUCACGGCGGUGGUUCUUGCCAGGUCUCCGUCACUACUGAUGCCCAGCCCGACAAGAACUCCGUCUGGAAGGUUAUUAAGUCCAUCGAGGGUGGCUGCCCUGCGCAAGACCAGGCCGGCAACAUGGGUGAUGACGCCGCCGCCAUCGACCCCUACAAGUACGACUUCACCAUUCCCAAGGAGUUGGAGGCUGGCAACUAUACACUCGCCUGGACUUGGUUCAACAAGGUCGGCAACCGUGAGAUGUACAUGAACUGUGCUCCCCUGACCGUCACUGGAUCAGGCGGCUCUUCGGGCUUCCUCGACACUCUGCCCGACAUGUUCCGGGCCAACAUCUUCGGUGCCGGUGAUGACAAGUGUUCGACCUUCCCCGACACUGACCUUGAAUUCCCCGAGCCUGGUUCGGAUGUCGUCAAGCUGAAUGGAGCAACGAACGCCUUUAAGGGCCCUGCCAACCCAACUGCUUGCCCGGUCGCUAAUGGCAGCGGCGGUGGACAAGCCCCUGCUCCCACUUCUGCUCCCCAGCCGACCGCUGUCCCGGCCCAACCUUCAUCGAGCCCUCCGGCUUCUCAGCCUGCCGCCGCCCAGCCCGCAGUCACCUCGGCUCCGAGUGUCAACUUGCCUGUGCAGUCCCAGGCCCCCGCUGCCACACCUUCCGCUGCCCCUGCCCCUGCCUCUCCUCCCAGCUCCGGCUCCGGCUCCGGCUCAAGCGGUGCUUUUGCUGCCGGAACUGCCUGCUCCUCUGAGGGCGAGUGGAACUGCGUCGGCGGAAGCCAGUUCCAGCGAUGUGCCAGCGGCACCUGGUCUGCUGUUCAGUCUCUGGCUGCUGGCACUGAGUGCCAGUCCGGACAGGCUGAUAACCUCAAGAUGGUUACCAAGCGAGGCAAGAGGUCGAUGCGCCGCGCUAAGCGUGCGUAA